GGAAAUUAACGACUUGUUAAAAUUCUGGGAUUGCACCAGAACCAGCGUACACAGCAAUACCCCAGGACCGAGUUUGAGAACUGCUACAUCACUUGCAUCGCGAUCCACUUGUGGAUGUUGAGGAUUUUUUGUGGGUCGCCAAGUAAUUUAGUUGUAUUAGAACACAUUGAAUGCUGUAAAAUAUCAAUCGUACUGGUGAUGUAUGCUGCAUCGUUAAGUUCUGUUCGUGAGAAGGGGCGACCUGGGGUGUGAUUUAGAGUGGAUGUGGUCUCUAAUACCAACAAGAAAGGCUGAAGUCAGUCUGCAGAUUGCGAAUAAUUCAGCAGCAUAUGAUGUCCUCUCAUGCGGGGUCGGACGUGCUGCUGGAGCGCGUGGGGAACGCGGGCGUGAUCACGCUGAACCGGCCCAAGGCCCUGAACGCCCUCAACCUGUCCAUGAUCAGACACAUAUACCCGCAGCUCAGAAAUUGGGAGAAGGAUCCGGAACCCCACCUGGUGAUUAUAAAAGGAGCCGGAGCGAAAGCGUUUUGCGCUGGGGGAGACAUCAGAGCUGUAACAGAGGCAGGUAAAUUGGGCGAGUCCCUGGCACAGGACUUCUUCCGUGAGGAGUAUAUAUUAAACAAUGCUAUUGGGACAUAUCAGAAACCGUACGUGGCGCUGAUUGAUGGGAUUACAAUGGGAGGCGGCGUCGGUCUGUCCGUCCACGGCCAGUUUUGCGUGGCGACUGAGAAGACCCUGUUUGCCAUGCCGGAGACUGCCAUCGGUCUGUUUCCCGACGUCGGAGGCGGCUACUUCUUGCCCAGGCUCCGGGGCAAGCUGGGGUUGUUCCUGGCUCUGACUGGCUUCCGGCUGAAGGGGCGGGAUGUGCAGCGAGCGGGCGUGGCCAGUCACUUUGUGGACUCUGAGAAGAUCACGGCCCUGGAGAAGAACCUGGUGGAUCUGAAGUCUCCCUCAGCUCAGGCUGUCGCUGAAGUGUUGGAAUCCUAUCAGAGCGAGAGCAGUGUGGACAAGGACAAACCUUUCAUUCUGGAGCCGCAUAUGGAGAACAUCAAUAGGCUGUUUGAAGCCAGCAGUGUGGAGCAGAUCUGUGAGAAUCUGAAGCAGGAUGGCUCUUCUUUUGCACAGAAGCAGCUGGAGACCCUUUCCAAGAUGUCUCCCACCUCCAUGAAGCUGACGUUCAGGCAGCUACGGGAGGGAGCCAGCAUGAGCCUGCAGGACGUGCUCGUCAUGGAGUACAGGCUGACUCAGGCCUGCAUGAGCGGCCAGGACUUCUAUGAAGGUGUGAGGGCAGUGCUCAUUGAUAAGGACCACAGCCCAAAAUGGAACCCACCCACCCUGGAGGGAGUGACAGAGUCAUACCUGGACGACUGUUUCAAACCCCUCGGAGAUCGCGACCUCAGCCUCUGAGCGUGCUCACUGCAGCAAGACACCGCCCUCAGACUCUGAGCAUGCUCACUGCAGAGAGAGACCGCCUUCACGCUCUGAGCAUGCUCACUGCAGAGAGAGACCGCCCUCAGCCUCUGAGCAUGCUCACUGCAGCAAGACACCGCCCUCAGACUCUGAGCAUGCUCACUGCAGAGAGAGACCGCCUUCACGCUCUGAGCAUGCUCACUGCAGAGAGAGACCGCCUUCACGCUCUGAGCAUGCUCACUGCAGAGAGAGACCGCCCUCAGCCUCUGAGCAUGCUCACUGCGGAGAGAGACCGCCCUCAGCCUCUGAGCAUGCUCACUGCGGAGAGAGACCGCCCUCAGCCUCUGAGCAUGCUCACUGCGGAGAGAGACCGCCCUCAGCCUCUGAGCAUGCGCACUGCGGAGAGAGACCGCCCUCACACUCUGAGCAUGCUCACUGCGGAGAGAGACCGCCCUCACGCUCUGAGCAUGCUCACUGCGGAAAGAGACCGCUCUCAGCCUCUGAGCAUGCUCACUGCGGAGAGAGACCGCCCUCAUGCUCUGAGCAUGCUCACUGCGGAGAGAGACCGCCCUCACGCUCUGAGCAUGCUCACUGCAGAGAGAGACCGCCCUCAUGCUCUGAGCAUGCUCACUGCGGAGAGAGACCGCCCUCACGCUCUGAGCAUGCUCACUGCAGAGAGAGACCGCCCUCAUGCUCUGAGCAUGCUCACUGCGGAGAGAGACCGCCCUCAUGCUCUGAGCAUGCUCACUGCAGAGAGAAACCACCCUCAGGCUGUGCCCCCCGGUGUGGUCUUCACAUUGGCUUCCCCAGCUGUCACUCUAAAACUCCCAGAAUUUGGACCAAGAAGGCAUGAAAACACUAACUUAGUUCCCCUUGCCCAGACUUUCAAAAUGCGCGAAAGGUAGAAAAUUAAUUGAAAAAUCACCCUUAAUCCUUUAAUAAAUUAACAUUUUGGAAAAUA